ACCAGCCUAGUCUUUCAGUGCAGGCUCUGGUCCUCGACCCCCACCCAGUUGCAGGAUGUCGAUGACAGACUUGCUCAACGCUGAGGACAUCAAGAAGGCAGUGGGGGCCUUUGCCGCUGUUGACUCCUUCGACUACAAAAAGUUCUUCCAAAUGGUUGGCCUGAAGAAAAAGACCCCGGAUGACGUGAAGAAGGUGUUCCACAUUCUGGACAAAGACAAGAGUGGCUUCAUUGAGGAGGAAGAGCUGGGAUUCAUCCUAAAGGGCUUCUCCUCAGAUGCCAGAGACCUGUCUGCUCAAGAAACCAAGAAGCUGAUGGCUGCCGGAGACAAGGAUGGGGACGGCAAGAUUGGGGCCGAAGAAUUCUCCACUCUGGUGGCUGAAAGCUAAGAGGCUCUGACUGCCCGGACUUCGCCUCCCUGCCCUGAACACCCAAUCCCAGCCCCCUCGCCGCCCCCUGCGUUUCUGUUCAGUUUGUUUAUGUUAUUUUUUACUCCCCCCAUACCCCUACAGCCCUUGAAUGAUACCAUUCUUCUGGAAAAAUGCUGGAGAAAUAAUAAAGGCUGUACC